AUCACGUCUGCGCUCGCGCCUCUCCAUUGGCCGCCUUGCGCUCAUUUAGCUGCUGUCAGAGCGCGCGGCCCGGGCACGCACCGGUAACUUUUCCCAGUAAGGCUCAGCUUCAACCAAAGUCCGCUCCAACAAGUCCUUCCCAUUCCACGGAUGACACGGAGGAGGAAGACGCUGCAGUUUCAGCUCUGAGUGGAUUUCAGUCACUUCUUCCCUCCGUGUUUUUGGAGGCUGAAUGUUUCUGUCUGUCUGACUCUGUCCCACAAAGACGAGGUGAAUGUACAGCAUCAUGAUGGAGACGGACUUGCAUUCCCCCGUGGUGCCCCAGACCAACCCAUCCAACCCGGGGGGACAUGCGGGAGGAGGAGGCGGGGGGCCCGCAGGGAAGGUCCCCCAGGAGAGGAUCAAGAGACCCAUGAACGCCUUCAUGGUGUGGUCCCGGGGCCAGCGGAGGAAAAUGGCACAGGAGAACCCCAAGAUGCACAACUCGGAGAUCAGCAAGCGGCUGGGCGCGGAGUGGAAGGUGAUGACCGAGGCGGAGAAGAGACCCUUCAUCGACGAGGCCAAGCGGCUCCGGGCCAUGCACAUGAAGGAACACCCGGACUACAAGUACCGCCCGCGGAGGAAGACCAAGACUCUACUCAAGAAGGACAAGUACUCACUUGCCGGCGGACUCCUCGGUUCAUCGCCGGGUGUGGGGAUGGGCGGCGGGCAACGACUGGAGAGCCCCGGUGCGGGACAUGUGGGGGCCAGUGCGGGCUACGCCUCGCAUGUGAACGGCUGGGCGAACGGGACGUACUCGGGUCAGGUGGCGGCCGCAGCGGCGGCGGCUCACGCCAUGAUGCAGGAGGCGCAGCUGGCGUACACCCAACACCCAGGCAGCGGGGCUCACCCGCACCAUCACCCGCACCACCACCACCACCCGCAUCACCACCCGCACAACCCGCAGCCGGUGCACAGGUAUGACAUGAGCGCUUUGUCUUACAGCCCGAUCUCGAACUCUCAGAGCUACAUGAGCGCCUCUCCGCCGGGCUACGGCGGCAUCACCGGCUACACCCACCAGCACCAGAGCUCCGGGGUCUCCCCCGUGUCCGGGGCCAUCGGAGGGACUCUGGGUUCGCUCGUGAAAUCGGAGCCGAGCGUCAGCCCGCCCGUUUCCACGGCGCGCGCACCGCCGCCGUGCCCCACGGGAGACCUGCGGGACAUGAUCAGCAUGUAUCUGCCCACUGGCGAGGCGGCGGGCGGCGACUCCGUUCAAAGCAGACUGCAUGUGCUGCACCCGCAGCACUACCAGAGCGGGGGCUCCGCUGCGGUGAACGGGACGGUUCCACUCACGCACAUUUGAAACGUCCAUAUGAACUGUAAGCACUGCGAACACAACCAAAUAUUUCCACUCCACAUGCGGGCUCCAGCUGCUGGUGGACUGUAAAUUAUAGGCGGCUGCAGUCAUAAUAAUGCAAUCACUUUGAACUUUUUAUUAUUAUUAUUUUUUAAAUAAUAAUUGUUAUUUAAAAAAAAAAAAGAUGGAUCUUUUUGUCCGAAAGCGCCUCAGAUUUGCUGUCGCUUGCCAACUUGUGACACCGUUUAAAUUAUAAUCCGUACAGGCUGGUGCAAUUUAAAGCUUAUUUUAUUCUCCGACAUUUCGGCGGAAUUACAGACACCAGCCGAGUGUUUGGAGGAUGUUUUAAAGAGGGAAGCGUAUAAUAAAUGCAGAGCGGUGUGGAGAAAGAAAGAAAAAAAGUUUCAGGCUGCCGUUUAAAUUGAUUUCCAGUUUUGAUGCUUGUAAACAUGUGAGUCGGUGUAAUUUGAAUUUGUUCCUGUUGUUGUAAAAUCUUGUAAAUUGUGAAUAAAUAGGCCUACUGAAAACGCUUUUAUGCAACUGUAUACAUAAUUUACACAAAGGCAAAUCUAAAUUUUUGCAGCUGAAGCCGGAGCAGCGCUGACUUUAAUAAAUUUUCCAAGAUUUCUUUGUCUCUUGGAGAAACGUUACACUUUGUGUUUUAAUUUUUUAAUCACUUUCAUUUUAAAAGAAACCGCAUUUAUAACCUGAAGCACCAAUUUAUUUUUAUUUUGUAAACCAUGAGUCAAUUCACCAGAAUCGGGAAUAAAUCAGGAGUUGUUACAUAAAAUUAUUAAGAUAAAUAUUUUUUGCACAGCAGGCCUAAAAUAAUAUGCUGUAAAAUCGUCUUACUUAAAAAUGAUAAACAACUGGUUUAAUGUUUUUUGUUGUUGUUGAAGAAACGCCUAUGUACUUUAUUAUUCAGUUGAACAUUUUGAUAAAAAUAAUUUAUUUUAUGUUUAGGUGGGUCUGCCAAAAAUUGAUCUUUUUGUGUUUAUUUCCUUUUCUCCAGUUGUGAAAUUGUAUUAUAAAAACUUAGCACAGCACACAGGGCGCUACGUUUUGUGAUUCUGGUAUUUUUCCUAUUGUUUUAGUAAAUAUCACUUAUUUUGCAGACUCUUGUGUAGAUUUAAAAGGUGGAAAAUCGCCAAUGUGAUGCAUUUAAUUGCCAUAUUUGCCAUUUUGAUUUUAGCCUUGCUUAAAUAUUUUAAAUUGCUAUUUAUAUAUUAACUACUUUUUAUUUUAACAGGAACAUUUCCAAUAAUAAUUGAUUUCACAUUAUUUUGUUAGCAUCAUCAUGUGCAGGAGUCUUGAACUAACUCUGCACUCACACCAGUUUGUUUAAUUUCCCCUUUAGGCCAAAAGUAUCAUUGUUUGUCUACCUGUCUGUAGGAUUGUGACCUCAGCAGGCCAAAUCUCAAACAAAAGCCAAUCCGAUCACAGCAUCCCGCGGUUGGUUCACUUGUAUUUUUCAGCUGGGCUCACCUCAAACUUAUUACCACCUGUGUUUCUCAAAUCUCCCCCCCGCCUCCCUGACCUCCAGCAUCAAGCGCUUUGCAACUGUGUGUCUAAUUGCCACGGCUGUUAAAUGAUUUCCUUCUUUAAAUUUGAUGGCUGAAUCAGCAGAGGCCCCCGGGCCAGAGAGAGGGGGCAUGAAUGGGAGGAGGAGGCGAGGAGAGGAGGGGUUUUUUGUGUUGGAGGAGAAUGGGGAUUAGUCUUGGUGUAAGCCGGGCCGACUGCAGGGUCACGGCUGACAAAAAGGCCGGCCAACAACACCCCUGGUUCUAUCAGCCUAAUUCCCUCUCGGGCCUGAACCUGAAAACAAGAGGGGCAGCGAGGACGCAACCCAGUCCAGUCAAGCUGGGAAGUCCUCCAGAAUAAAUUGAAGAUAUUUCACUAAUUAUUUUAAGAAUUCAAGGGAAAAAAGAGCAAUAACUUGCAACUAACACAC